AUGCCUUCUAUACUGCCUCCUUUAGUAGCUAUACAAACGUCCCGCAGGUUCUUCAAAGGUCUAGAGCGGAUAUUAAUACUGAAGAGAGUUAAUUCGGAACUACACUCGGCAGUGCUUCUCUCGGAGGCUAUACAGCAGCAGUGGGAAGACUCAGUAGUGCACUCUAGGCUGCUUCUCUCGGGGGUUAUAUCGACCUAUUUAAAUACUUGUUUGAUAAAGGGGCCGAUGUUAACGCUUUUAGUGGAAGAUUUGGUGACGCUCUUUAGGCUACCCUAUUUGGCGCUCACCGUGGGGUAUUUAUUGGUACGGCUGUUACUAAAGGAAGGCGCUAAUGUCAAUACCCCUGGUGGAGAAUAUGACUUUGGCCUUGGAACGCUGGUAGAAAUACUACUAGAUGCCAAUGCAGACGUUUAA